GUAAGUUAUACGUUAUCUAUUUACCAUGUUCUUGAAUUAUAGGUCACCCUGUUAGUUAGCCUACUUUAUAGCAGGCAUCGUAUUACUCCCCUCAUUAUAUACCGGCUAUUUAUCCAUCUUUAAAAAUGCCUGUAUCUCGUGAAUUACAACUGCCGAGUGGUGAUAAGAUACCUACUGUUGGUUUUGGUACCUGGACAGUGUGGCAAGGUGGCGAGGGCGAGAUAUAUAGAGCUGUUAAAGAAGCUAUAAAAGUAGGAUAUCGCCAUAUUGACUGUGCCUGGGUUUAUAAAAACCAAGAGGAAGUUGGUCAAGCUAUUAAAGAAAGUAUUGAUGAAGGAGCUGUUAAAAGAGACGAUUUGUUUGUUACCACUAAGGUUUGGGACACAGCACAUCGUCGUGAUGCCGUAAAGGAAAACUUGAAGCAAUCUUUGGUUCAACUUGGAUUAAGUUAUGUCAACCUCCUUUUAGUUCAUUAUCCAGUUUCUUUUAAGGACGGAGACGAUCCUUUUCCUAAAGAUAACGAUGGCAACAUUAUAUUUGCAUACCAUGACAUUGUAGAUACGUGGAAGGGAAUGGAAGAUUGUGUAGAUGCUGAUCUAGCUAGAAAUAUCGGAUUAUCUAAUUUUAAUCAUUUACAAGUACAGAGAAUUAUUGAUGCUUCAAGAAUACGACCAUCUGUUAUACAGUUGGAAAUUAACCCACUAUUUUCAAACAGUCAGUUGGUUGAAUAUUGCCAGAAAAGGAAUAUACAUGUAACAGCCUACGCUCCUCUUGGUGCCCCUAAUAGGCCAUGGAAGACUAAAGAUGAACCUGAUUUGUUAGAAGAACCAGUCGUUAAGCAGUUAGCCUCGGCGAAAGGAAAAACACCUGCUCAGAUUGUUUUAAGAUGUCUACUGCAACGGGGCAUUAUUAUCAUUCCCAAAAGCUCGACGCCCGCUCGAAUUAAAGAAAAUUUCGAGUUAUUUGACACUGAAUUAAAUGACGAUGAGAUGAAGCAAAUGGCGGCAUUAGACCGAAAUUUAAGAGUUUAUAUAGAGCCGAUAGCUGCCAAUCAUCCGGAAUAUCCCUUUAACGAUUUCUGAGAUCAAAUAUAUUGAUGCAAUAAAAUAGAUUUCACCAUUUC